UCAUUUCUUUCUUUCAGUGAACAAACCUGUGAAGACAAGAUGAUACAGAACAAGAUUCAACUCGUUGUUUUUCUCGGUGAGUGUUAGUGAAAGAAACUGAUGUCAGAUCAGAGGUUUAGAUCAGCUUAACACUGUUGAUUUUCCUGCAGCAGGAAUCCUGUCCAAGGCUUCAUGUGACCUGGAUCGAAUCGUCCUGAUCGGAGAGCCAAAGACCUGGACAGAAGCCCAAUCCUACUGCAGAGAGAAAUACACGGAUCUGGCGAUGGUUCAGAGCGAUGAAGACAGAGCCAAACUAAAGGAGGCAGCAAACACUGUGAACUUUCAGUCUGUGGCCUGGAUCGGUUUCUACAGAGACACCUGGCGUUGGUCGUAUCAAAACACACCGAUCAGCUAUGUGAAGUGGGAUUUAUCUCAGCCGGACAUUCCUGACACAAACGAGGCCUGUGGGGUUGUAAAUAAGAAAGGACUAUGGAGUGACAGAAACUGUACUGUACAAGACUACUUCUUUUGCCAAACUGACACACAGGACACACUUCAGGACAAGUUUCUGCAGGUUGAACUGAGCAUGAACUGGCAUGAUGCUCAAAUUCACUGCAGAACACAAUACGCAGACCUGGCCGCCAUUACAGACGACACAGAGAACACGUUCCUCACAAACAUACUUUCUGUCAAGGGACAAAAUGAUGCUUGGUUUGGCCUGUACAAGAUCCCAUUGCUGUGGUCAGAUAAUAGCAGUGUAUCGUUGUCCUCUGUGAAAUGGGGGUCUGGGCAGCCUGAUAACGUGAAUGGAAACGAGGAUUGUGUGAAAAUCAGUACUGAAGGACUGAUGGCUGAUGACUCCUGCUCGACUCCACUGCCUUUCUACUGCCGUGAAAAUACAGCGUGUGAGAUUCACAGUCAAAUCAGACGGAGAUCUGGACGAAUCUGCAGUGAUGGAGGCCAUAGAGAAGAAGAUGAAGGAGAUCCUCUCGGAUCAGGACAUGGAAAUCACAUCCAGCAUAAAAUGGAGCGUCCAACCUGACGGGUAGAUCUUCCAGCAGCAGAAAACACAAGAAAACACACAAGAGACGGCAUGUGAGGAGUUAAAUCCAAUGAAACGCUAGACUCUGAUACAAGCGAUAACUUGUCCAAACAUUAAUGAAUCUUUAAGGAAAAGGCAUUCAUAAUAAAUGAUAGAUGUUCAACACCAUCACAUGUAAUUAAUACAGUCAAUGCAUGGUAAAUUAUAAAAUAAUGAUUUUAUUUGUUUACGAAUAAAUAUUUCAAGAUAUCAGGCAAAAAUUAAGCUUACGUCUAUUAAGUACAGCGAUUUUUAUUUAAUCUAUGUUUGAUAUGCUGUGCAAUCGAUUAGAAGACUGAACUGAUUCAGGAUAACACGCGAGCAAAGCGUCGUGCAAUUAAACGCUGAGAUCUGCUUAUUUCUAUUAAUGAAAACUCAUCACUUGUAUCACAAUAUCAAGCAGCAAAACUAGCUGUUUUGUACAGCUAAAAAUAGCUGGACGCGGAAGAGACCAGAAGCCCUGCACAUAAAGUUUACGAAUGUCCAGGAAAAAUAAAGUGGAUAAAGAACAAUCCUCACUAUUAACUAGAAUGCAUUUUACUUGCAUAUUGGCUGUUUUAUUAGUACUUAUAAAGCACAUAUUAAUGCCUCAUUUUUCAUGACCACAUUCUAGAUCAAUUAAUCCUACCCCAUACCUAAACUUAGCAACUACCUUACUAACUAUUAACCCUUUAAGCCUAAAGUGUACCCCCCCCCCAUGAAAAUAUUCAUAAUCUAAUUACUAAGCAACCACUAAGAGGAAUAACACACAAUAUGUCUCAUUUUAAAGCUUAGAAACUCAUCUUUUUAUUGCAAUUCUUAACAAGCGCUUGAUCAACACCAAAUACUGUAGGUGUCAUAUGAAAGCUUACAGUAUGAACUUUACAUUGCAUGUAGUCAGUUAUUUGCUCUGAUAAAUGAGAAAAGCAUGUUUUCAUAAUUUAUAAUACAUUACAGUACAUAGUACAAAAAUCAUAUGACAAAAACAUCACUCAGCUCAGAUACUAAUGUGCCAUAUAUCAUUUGAAAGAUCUCAGAGUAGAAUACAACAAUUUGUCAGGUUUUGCUUAUAACUUCAUAAAACAUGUUCAGAAAUCACAGCUUUAUUGACAGCAGAUUCUCCCCAAACUCCCCAUAAUCCAUCACUUAGAUCUAAAGAUAUUUCAUCAACAGUAUCUCAGCAUGACAUUAUUAAAAAAAAAUAUUUUCUAAAAAUGUAGAA